AUGGUCUGCGAGUGGCAGCCAGAGGCCCUUUCCAUUGAGUAUCCACUUGGUGAUAGCAUCCUUGCAGAUUCUGGUACUGAGCAACUUGAAUUCAUAGCUCUGUCACAGAGGACUGGGGAUCCCAAAUACCAGCAGAAGGCGGAGAACGUCAUCACACAGCUUCAGAAGAUAUAUCCCAGUGAUGGUUUGCUUCCUAUCUACAUAAAUCCUCAUUCUGGGACAGCAUCAUACUCAACUAUCACAUUUGGUGCUAUGGGAGAUCGGUAA